AUUCCGAUCCGUAAGAAAAGAUCGUUGCAAUGUCUUCAAUGAUGGUGAAGGGGAAGGUGGUGUUGAUUCGGAAGUAUGUGCUUCAAACCAUAUCCAAUGCCAAGGAGCUUGUUGGCAAUGGCUUCAACCUAAUUGGCUCAUCAGUCGAAUAUGAUAUUACUAAAUCUGUGUUUUUCAACUUGAUUAGCCGCACCAAGUCAUCCAAGGAUAAUUAUUCAAAAGAUGGAAAGGAGGCCUGUUUAGAGAAUAAUGCUUCGGUGUUACGAAGCUUGGGAGGGAAAGAGGAGGAAUUCGACAUUUAUUUUGAAUGGGAUGCUACUGAGAUGGGAAUUCCAGGAGCAUUUUACGUAAAAAACCAUAUGAAAGAUGAGUUCUUCCUUGUGAGUAUGACUCUUGAAUAUCCACUUCCAACAUGUGACCGCCACAAGGACAAAAACAGUAUCAUUCACUUUCUUUGUAACUCAUGGGUUCACAAUCAUGGAUGCUACAAAACGCAUCAUCGCAUUUUCUUUGACAAUAAUCCAUAUCUCCCUGGUAAUCAAACACCAGAGGCAUUACGAAAGUAUAGAGAAGAAGAGUUGGAUAAUUUAAGAGGAGAUGGAACAGGAGAACGCAAGGAAUGGGAUAGGAUCUAUGAUUAUGAUGUCUAUAAUGAUUUGGGCUAUCUAGAUAGUGAUGAAAAGGAUGAUCACCCAAUCCUUGGAGGCACCCUCUAUCCCUACCCUCGUAGGGUUAGAACUGGCAGAAAACUCCUCAAUGACAAAAAUAUUAAUGGUGGUAAAUACGAGAAACCUGCAGACAAUGUUAUUUAUGUGCCAAGGGAUGAAAAUUUCAGUCUGGAGAAGACAACAGAUUUCCUUGAAUUUGGAAAGAAAUCUUUAUCUGGAAAAGUGGAACCCUUGCUCCUAUCUUUAUAUUUAAAGCUCACACCGAACGAGUUUAAUGGCUUUGAAGAAGUGCAGAGACUGUAUGAUCAAGAAGGUGGCAUAAAGCUGCCUAUAUCGACCACUAUGGGUACUGAAAAUGUCCUUAAGUUUCCAACACCUCAUGUAAUCCAAGCUAGCACAUUUGCAUGGAUGACUGACGAAGAAUUUGCAAGAGAGAUGAUUGCCGGUGUAAACCCAAAUGUAAUUCGCCUUCUAAAAAGGGAGGAUCUCGCACCGCGAAGGAGGCUAGAUUGCAAAUGUAAUCAUAGUACAAUAACAAAAGAAAAAUUGGAGAUUAACAUGGGUGGGGUCACAGUAGAUGAGGCAUUUUGUAAUAAGAGAUUAUUCAUAUUGGAUUACUAUGAUGCAUUCAUGCCAUAUUUGAGGAAGAUAAACGAGCUAGAUUCUGCAAAGGCUUAUGCCACGAGGACAUUCUUGUUCUUGAAAGAUGAUGGAACUUUGAAGCCACUUGCUAUUGAAUUAAGCAAGCCGCAUCAAUGUGUAUAUGUCCUGCCACAUCCACCACAUAUGCGUCCAUCUCCAUUUCUACAUUAUUAUUUUCCGAGCCAAGUGGUGUUGCCUGCAGACAAAGGUGAUGAUGGUACAAUUUGGCUAUUGGCCAAGGCUUAUGUUGUUGUAAAUGACACCAACUAUCAUCAGCUCAUAAGCCACUGGUUGCAUACUCAUGCAGUGAUGGAGCCAUUUUCCAUAGCAACACACAGACAACUCAGUGUGCUUCACCCUAUUUAUAAACUUCUUCAUCCUCACUUUCGUGACACCAUCAAUAUCAAUGCACUUGCUAGGCAAUCGCUGAUUAAUGCAGGCAGCAUUAUAGAGCAAACAUUUUUGCCCGGGAAGUACUCUAUGGAGAUGUCUUCAGCUGUAUACAAGAAUUGGGUUUUCACUGACCAAGCAUUACCAACUGAUCUCAUCAAGAGAGGAUUGGCAGUUAAGGAUCACACUUCCCCACAUGGCCUUCGCCUUAUGAUAAAGGACUAUCCUUAUGCUGUUGAUGGAUUAGAAAUAUGGGAUGCUAUUAAGACAUGGGUCCAAGAGUAUGUCAACUUGUAUUACUCUAAUGAUAAGGCAGUUGAAGAAGAUACUGAACUGCAAGCAUGGUGGAAGGAAGUUGUGGAGAAGGGUCACGGUGACUUAAAAGAUAACGAAUGGCCUAAAAUGAAGACAUGUCAAGAGCUUAUAGACUCUUGCACUAUAAUUAUAUGGAUUGGUUCAGCUCUACAUGCAGCUGUUAAUUUUGGACAGUACCCUUAUGGAGGCUAUAUCCUAAACCGUCCAACUCAAAGCAGAAGAUUGCUCCCAGAACCAAAAACCAAAGAGUAUGAUGAGAUGGUCAAGAAUCCUCAAGAGGCUUUUUUGAGAACAAUUACACCAAAGUUCCAGACAGUUAUUGAUCUUACAGUGAUGGAGAUAUUGUCAAGCCAUUCCUCUGAUGAGAUCUACCUUGGACAGAGGGACACUCCAAAUUGGACCUCUGAUCAGAAUGCAAAAGAUGUAUUUGAAACAUUUACAAAAACACUUGCAGAGAUUGAGAAAAAAAUCUCAGAAAGGAACAACAACCAAGAGCUUAAAAACCGAACUGGGCCAGCCAAAUUUCCCUACACUGUGCUUCUUCCUACCAGUGAACCAGGGUUGACUUUUAGGGGAAUCCCUAAUAGUGUCUCUAUCUAAAGGAGUGUGUGUGGCGGCUUCCUUUAGUAUUGUACUUGCAUCUUCCAAUAAAAUAUGCAUGCUUAUGAGCAUGCAUCGUUGUGUCUGUGUUUGUUUUAAGUUAUGUUAUAUGUAUUGCUUCAGCUUUCCAUUCCACUGUACGUUAAGCCGGAAUAAAUAAGCUCAGUGGCAGAUUUCCUGUUAUGACCGGGAAUUCUUUUUAUUUGA